AUGAGACAUCGAAACAUCAACCACAAGCAUGGUAUUACUUUGCCUGGACGAUGGGUUAGUCAUGCCGUCUGUAGAUCAUUAACCGGGAGUAUUGAAGCAUCUGCACAAAUCCCCGGACUGAUCAUCGCACUCGACAUUGAAGAUUCCCAUUACUGGUCUAUUCGCACACCCGUCAUAUUUCUCGCGCUCUACGGGUCUCGAUAUAUUUCGGCCUCUGGCCAUAUCGAUGUACGUCUAAAAGCCCUGAAGAAGAGAUCCAAAGGCUACCUUACGAGGAGCAAUCGAUUACGAUCUCGGGCUGAGAGGAGUAAAAUUAGAUGGAUGUCUUCGUUUAUUCGGAGAUUGGUAUUGACCAUCUACUGUGUUGUCUAUGAUUCCAGCAUACCAGCCAAAUACAGUCUACGAUAUUCAUCACGAGAAGCUUCCCCAUCUACCUUCUCAACCGCCGGCAUCGAAUUCUAG